AUGGAAGAUGCCUACUAUGAAGAGGAAAUGGGUGCCGUAGUUAACAAUAUGCUUUCGGAGGCCCACAUGCUAGGUGAAGGAAUUGUUGGCCAAGCUGCUUCCACUGGAAAACACCAAUGGAUUUUCUCAGAUGCUAGUGGAGGAGGCUGGAAUUCUGCUGCUUCUAUUGGAGGUCAAGACAUAUUCCAGGAUGAUUCUGAAAUUCAUCGCCAAUUUUCUUCUGGAAUAGAGACAAUUGCAGUAAUCUCCGUGGAAUCGCGAGGAGUGGUACAAUUUGGAUCCACCCAGAAGAUUUUGGAGAGAGAGGAAUUUUUGGAUCAAUCAAAAAGAUUGUUUGCUGAGAUGGAAAAUGUUGAUGGGCUUACUUCGAAGGCCAACUCGCCUUUAUCUUUGAACUGUGAAAGUUAUGAUCUAAAUGAGUGGUUUGAUUCCUUCUGCAAUGGGAAUAUCACGCCCAUGCUUGGUGGCAACUGCAAUGAGCUGAUGGAAAUAGCUUGUUCUUCGAUGAAUUUUACUCAGUCCUCAGCUUUCAUAUCAGAUGUUGAACAAGAUAGGAUUAGCCCUUUAUGCCUGGAUUCAUCUCAUCCUACUAACCAAUUGAAGACAGAUGUCACCACUGAAGCUCAAAUGAUAUUGUCUAGUAAUCCUAGCACUCAGUUCCAACAGACACAAUCUCCUUCAUCCAUGAACAAAACAACUGCCCAAACUCCUUGUACUAGUACAUGGAGCAAUGGGGGCUCUAAUUUGACUCCAUGUGAGUCAAAGUUCCGAUCUGAAAUGUUGGUCCAGGACUCUCUAACUGUGUUGUCUACUGAAAGAUCAAAGAGCAACCAGCAUUCAGCUCCAUCAAUUCACGUUACUGAAGAACUUCUUUCAGAAAGAGAAACGAACCUAAACAGAUUCCCUUUAGAGUUCAACUCAUAUGGUUUUACGACAGAUCUGCCCAAACCUUGUGUAAUAGAUAACAUUCUCGAGUGGUUUGCCCCUUCACCAGAGCAUAGCAUCAGUGGAACUGCAGCCAUGAUGGAUGGGAAUCUUUCACAAUCUGAAGGGGUCACUUCAACAUCAUCAGGUCUGAUUAGGGAUCUCUUAGUUGACAUUCCAUUCAAACAACCGGCUACUUCACUUCAAAGUUCUGUCACUGAAACAUAUUUUUCCAGUGGAAAAGAGAAGUCUGUGAGCGUCAUCGGUGCUGAAAAUGAUCUGUUUGAAGGUUUGGGAUUAGUAUUUGAGAGUGGACAAGCUGGGAAUUGCUGGGAAGAUAUGAUGAUGCCAGCAGCGAGUGGUUGUCACAUAACUGCCAGCACUGGUGUUUCAGAAUGCAUCUCAGAGUUGGAUGUUGGUUCCAAGGUUGGCCCUCGAAAAGGAUUGUUCUCAGAAUUAGGACUCGAAGAGCUUUUAGAUAGUGUUAGUAAUUCUAAUCAUGUUAAAAAGUCUUGCAUUGAUGAUCAAUUAUCAAAUGCUAAGAGAAGAAGAGAGGAAAAUUCAUCAGUCAGUAGCAAUCAACUUCAGUUAAUGAAUGAUUCUUGCCCUACCAGCAGCAGGAUGAUGCAGCCUGCAUAUAAUUUGGACAAGACAAAAAAUCUUUCGUCAAAACAAGAGGUGUUCCCAAGAUCGCAAGUAAGCUUGUGGAUUGAUGAUAGCUAUAGCGUCAAUACUGGAAGUUCUGGUUUAAGGAAACCUAAGAAACCUGAGGAACCUGCAAAGCCCACCAAGAAAAGAGCCAGACCUGGGGAAAGUACUCGACCUAGGCCAAAAGACCGUCAGCAGAUACAAGACCGUAUCAAAGAGUUGAAACAGAUCAUUCCUGAUGGUGCAAAGUGUAGCAUUGAUGCUCUGUUGGAUCGCACCAUCAAACACAUGUUAUUCUUGCAAAGUGUGACCAAAUAUGCAGAAAAACUUAAACAAGCUGACGAGCCAAAGUUGAUCGGCCAAGAGAAUAGACUGCUUCUUAAAGAUAACAGCACAAGCAGUGGUGGUGCUACAUGGGCAUUGGAAGUUGCAGAUCAAUCAAUGGUUUGCCCAAUCAUAGUUGAGGACCUCAGUCAACCUGGCCUAAUGCUUAUAGAGAUGCUUUGUGAGGAUCGGGGAUUCUUUCUUGAGAUAGCAGACGUAAUUAAGGGCUUUGGUUUGAAUAUAUUGAAGGGGAUGAUGGAAAGUCGAGAGGAUAAGAUCUGGGCGCGUUUCAUUGUUGAGGCAAAUGUCCACACAACAAGGGUGGAAGUAUUUUGGUCCCUUCUCCAGCUUUUAGAACGAACAGGUACUAGUGUGAUGGAUUCAACAAGUCAGCCUAGUAAGUCCAUGCAUGGGAGGAUUCCUGAGUUAAACACACCCCUCAUUUCUUGGGAUAUUGCUGUGAUUGGUGUUCUGAGUUCAAGAACCAAUACUGAAGUGGGAAAGAAGAUUUUCCGUUCCAUUUUGAUUCCCCUGGAAAUGGAAGCGAAAUGUGAACAUGGUUGA